AUGGAAGCCCAAGUGAUCAGAUCUCCAUUGUUAGCAUUUUCUUUCCUGCUGAUCACCCUGGCAUUAAGUAGUAACAUGGCAUCAAUCCUAGCCGAUGCACGCCAUCUUUUGGAGGCAACAGCACCAGGUGUUCCAGUUGAUGAAGCGCCUAGCGCCCCUGAUAGCGAUGAUACCGAUCCUGAGACACCAUCUGUACCUAUAGUUUUCCCAGUCCCCCAGAUUCCAACAAUCCCACUGCCUCAGUUCCCUGCUAAUCCGCUUCCAAUUCCCACAUUCCCCGCCACCCUCCCAACCUUGCCUUUUCUGCCUAACUCGCCCUAA